AAUUUUUUUCGCGGGUUACACCUACGUUGUCCUGUUUGUACUUUUGAAAAUCAGUAGUAAAUUCUAGCUUCAGUAUUGGAGAACGCAAAUAAGUGUAAGCAAGGUGGUUAUGUUCAAACAUAAAUGGAGACAAUUGAGGUCGUUGGGUCAGAAUCGUAACCAUCACUUGCGGGUAGAACUGGUUCAUAGCUUUCACAGCAAUCUGAGUUCAAUAUCUUCGAUCUAUGAAUUGAAUAGACAUCUUAAUGUGUUAUCAAAAUCAGGCCAAACUGAUGAAGCACGCCAACUGUUCGACGCAAUGUCUGAACGGGACGAGUUCAGCUGGAACACGAUGGUUGCUGGUUAUGCGCACUCGGGCAGAUUAUUUGAAGCUAAACAACUGUUUGGUGUGGUUCCCAGGAAGAGUUCUAUCACUUGGUCGUCGCUCAUUUCUGGGUAUUGCAGAUGUGGGAGCGAAGCUGAAGCUUUCCAGUUGUUUUGUCAAAUGCAGUAUGAGGGGCAGAAGCCCAGUCAGUUCACUCUGGGCAGUCUUCUCACCAUGUGUGCUUCAAAUGCUUUGCUAUCAAGAGGGGAACAGAUUCAUGGCUAUGCCAUAAAAACCCUGUUUGACAAGAACGGGUUUGUUAACACUGGUCUUGUUGACAUGUAUGCCAAGUGCAACCGCAUUUUGCAAGCACAGUGUCUUUUUGAAGCUGCUUCUGAUCGACAAAGUCAUAUUUUAUGGACUGCCAUGGUUACUGGGUAUGCUCAAAAUAAUGAUGGACUUAAUGCGAUCAAGUGUUUCCAAGACAUGAAAGCUGAAGGGGUUGAGCCCAACCAGUUUACUUUUCCAAGUGUGUUGACAGCAUGUGCUGCAGUUCCAGCUUCCAAUUUUGGGGCACAGGUGCAUGGUUGCAUAAUUCGUUCUGGUUUUGAGGCUAAUGUGUUUGUUGAGAGUGCUUUGGUUGAUAUGUAUGCAAAAUGUGGAGACUUGAAAAGUGCUAGAAUAGCAUUAGAGACCAUGGAAGUUGAUGAUGUUGUUUCUUGGAACUCCAUGAUAGUUGGAUGUGUGAGGCAAGGAUUUGAAGAGGAAGCCUUGUUAUUGUUCAAGAAAAUGCAUGCGAGAGGUAUGGAUCUUGAUGAUUUCACAUACCCAUCUGUUCUAAAUUCUUAUGCUUCCACAGGGGAUAUGGGAAAUGCAAAAUCUGUUCAUUGCUUGAUUGUCAAAACUGGAUUUGAGCCUUACAUGCUUGUAAGCAAUGCUCUGGUUGACAUGUAUGCAAAGGGGGCAGACUUGCUUUCUGCAUUUAAGGUUUUUAACAGUAUGAUAGGCAGAGAUGUGAUAUCGUGGACAUCUCUGGUUACUGGCCUUGCACAUAACAACUCCCAUGAAGAAGCAAUCAAGCUGUUCUGUGAAAUGAGACUUGCAGGAAUCAGUCCUGAUCAAAUUGUUACAGCCAGUAUCUUGAGUGCCUGUGCAGAAUUGACAGUUCUGCAAUUUGGGCAACAAGUUCAUGCCAAUUUUAUAAAAUCUGGCCUUAAGUCAACCUUAUCGGUGGAUAAUUCCCUUGUAGCAAUGUAUGCAAAAUGUGGCUGCAUAGAAGAUGCCAACAGAGUUUUUAACUCGAUGACAAUUAGAGAUGUUAUUACUUGGACUGCUCUAAUUGUUGGCUAUGCUCAAAAUGGCAAAGGAAAGGAUUCUCUAGCAGUGUACCAUAAGAUGAUAGCAAGAGGCACCAAGCCCGAUUUUAUUACUUUUAUUGGCUUACUAUUUGCUUGCAGCCAUGCUGGCCUAGUAGAUCAGGGGCUCCACUACUUCGAAUCCAUGGAUAAAGUUUAUGGGAUAAAGCCAGGUCCUGACCACUAUGCAUGUAUGAUUGAUCUUCUGGGGCGCUCUGGAAAGAUGGAAGAGGCUAAGAAAUUACUGAAUCAAAUGGAUGUGGAACCUGAUGCCACUGUGUGGAAGGCAUUGCUUGGGGCAUGCAGAGUCCAUAGAAAUCUAGAACUGGCUGAGAGGGCAGCUAGGGCCCUCUUUGAAUUGGAGCCCCAAAAUGCAAUGCCUUAUGUCAUGUUAUCUAAUAUCUAUUCUGCAGCUGGUUUUUGGGAGAAUGCUUCUGGGAUAAGAAGAUUAAUGAAAGAGAGAGGGAUCAGUAAGGAGCCUGGCUGUAGUUGGAUUGAGACUAACAGCAACGUGCACACCUUUAUGUCUGAAGAUAGAAACCACCCAAUGACAGACCAGAUCUAUUCCAAAAUUGAUGAGAUUAUGAUAAAGAUCAAGGCGGCUGGUUACGUACCAGACUUGAAUUUUGCACUCCACGAUGUUGAUGAAGAGGUUAGGGAGCUUGGUCUUGCUUAUCACAGUGAGAAGUUGGCUGUUGCUUUUGGGCUUGUCCUUCUGCCACAGGGAGCACCGAUACGGAUUUACAAGAACCUUCGUGUUUGUGGGGAUUGCCACACUGCUAUGAAGUUCAUAUCUAGAGUUUUUCAUUGUCGUAUUAUUUUAAGGGAUUCAAAUUGUUUUCACCAUUUCAAAGAAGGAACGUGUUCAUGUGGAGAUUAUUGGUAAAAAGUUUUCUUCACAUCUUUGGCCUCAGGGAAUUCAGACAUUAGAUUUUAGAUGGUUUGUCAUCAGAGAAACUUUGUGACUUCAUCCCCGACUGAGGUGACAGCCAAAGCUCAUCCUCUCAAGAAGAGGAACCGAGGAGAAACAGAAAAAAGUGUAACUGAUCCCUGUAUUUUUCUUCAUGAACAUAAGUACAUUGCAUAUAGUUGUGCUUUUCACACAUUUUCUCACGGUUCUAUCUAGAUAUAGUAUACACCUCAAAUCCUUAAAUCUCUACACCAACUUUUUUGUCUCCGUAUCCUUUACACAGGAAGGAAUUGAAUUUGAAUCUUGAGUGUCUGGAUCUUUGCUGGAACCAAGGGCAACCAAGUGAAGAGACGAUACAAUGCAGCUCCAGUGAAGGUAACUUUGUUGUCCUUAAUAUCUUUUUAUGGAAGAAGCUUGAAUUCUCUUGUUCUUUUUUAUCUUUACUGGAAGUGAAGGCAGCCAAGUGAAGCUAUGAUACAAAUGCAGCUCCAGGUGAAGGUAUCUUUGUUAUCAUCAAUAUCUCAUGUUUCUACUGUAAUCUUGGGUAUUUGGAUCUCUUAAACACCAAAAUCUCCGCACCCCUCCUUUUGAAAUUACAGAUAGAAACAAGAACAUUUAAAUUCUUUCUUCAGUCCACCAAGGGAAAAAUUUGAAUGGGUGAUUUUUGAAUUCUUGGAGUCAAGACUUAUCAUGUGAACUGACUUGCAUGAGUGGACAUCCACACACCACGGAGGGAUGAGGCCAGGGACGGAUCCGGGAAUUUAGAACGCUAACGUGAAGGUAGAAAAAGAAAAUGGGAAGACAAGGGCUGGUCUGUGGCCUCCUCUUCUCUUUACGCAGGGGCUGAUUUGUGGCUUAAAUAAUUAAUUUACAUGUAUAUAUUUACGCAAGGGCUGGGGCUGGCACAUUCAUGCAGUUGUUAACCCAUUGUAGUGAGAUGAAAACUUGACAUGUCAUUGUUGUUUCACGAUUUGCAGUUCACAAGGGGGCCUCCAGCAUUGUUGCUGUUAUCCGUGAAACUUUUGACGUCCUCAAGAGGCAGCAUGUUGCAGUUGCUGCACAUGUGAAUAUGGUCACUGCAGAUUCAUCAUGUUGCCAAAUUUGGGGAGUUGGAAGAACCGUUGAUGUUUCUCACUAAUGCCACCUUUUGCCGGUGUUCAUUCAAUAUGCUGUCUUGGACGGACGGGGAAGAUUCCAAUUUGCAGCCUCUUUGGCAUUUGUAGGAAAUAUUCCUCCAUUUUAUUUCCCGCUAUUUUCUUGCAGUUUUUUCCCAACUUGUCGUGGAGGGAAUUGAAAAUUCCAAUGUGGUUUGAAUUGCAAUGGAAGAAAAAGAAACCCUUCUCUACACAAUCCCCACCCCCACGUGUUGCCCAAUUUUGUUCCAGAUAAUUUGUAAGUCAAACUAGGGUUUGCAAAGUAGCCGAGCCAAUUUAUAUUUAGAGUUUUUAAUUGUCUUAUCUAACAUACAUUGUUUACGCUUUUUUUCUGUAUUUUUUACCAAGAGCAA